ACGGUUUUCAUAUUUUAUAGAUUCAUUUCAGACGUUAAUUUCUUUUUUUUAAUUUCGUAAACAUGACAGAACGCUUCGGUUUAAUAUUGCUAACAGGUCCACCAGGAGUUGGAAAGACAACCCUAGUUCGUAAAAUUUGUGAGGAUCUACGUAAUAAACAUAAAAUCGUUUGUCAUGGUUUCUAUACGGAAGAAGUGCGAAAUCCAAACAGCAGGGAACGCAUUGGAUUCGAUGUCGUUACAUUAAAUGAAAAAAGGGGCCAUCUAGCCAGAUCUGACAAUACGAAAAAGAUAGGACCAUUUGUGGGCAAAUACCAAGUAUAUGUUAAAGAUUUUGAAGAACUUGCUUUACCAUUACUAUGUAGUAGUACCGAGAGAGAUUUACUAGUUAUUGAUGAAGUGGGAAAAAUGGAGUUAAAAAGUAGAAAGUUUGAAAUGGCAGUACAAAACUGUAUAAUGAAGACAUUUAUAUUGGCAACAGUUCCAUAUGAAUUAAGACAACCUUUGCCCCUGAUAGACACACUAAAAAAUCAUCCCAAAGCGCAAAUCAUUGUUGUUACAAAGGAAAAUAGAAAUAGUUUACAGGACGAAAUUGUAAAUAAAAUUUUGCAAUUAAUAAAAAAUAAAUAACAAUAUUAAAAAUAGAAUCUGUACUACACU